UUCACUCCAUAGUUCUCCACCUGCAGCGUCUUCCUUUAUGUUUAACUUGAAGGCCAUGAAAUUGCUGACGUGACUAAUAGGAUUGUGUGAACACGUGAGCUGAUUUUGGUUAUUCUACAUGAGAGAUUUCUGUGUUUAGAUUUAGUUACAGAGCAUGUUCCUGCACAAAGAAAUAAAUAUGAAUUUGUGGUUAUUAACGUAGUUCUACUGCAAAGCAUCAUCCUUGCACUUUAUCACACAGCCACAAGAUGCCAGUAUCACAUUGUCUUGGAUUAGGUUAGUACAAAAAAUACAUUUUAUCAAAGUGUUGAUUAAUUAUAUUAUUAUUCCUCGCAACAAGAUGCAAGAAGAUUUUCAGUCAGAGAAAGAAGUGGAGGGGACCAGGGGCUGGCAGAAACAGUGUGAUGCUGCACACAGUGCAUAUUCUCAAGCAAAAGGGUGUGUGUUUAUGUGUGUGAAAGGGGGAGUGAGUGAGGGAGAGAGAGAGAGCAAAACUGGGUGUCAAAAUCUUGAGCUCUGGGAAAGCCUCCCAGUCUGUGCGCUGUGAGGGGAAGCAGCAUCACAGUGAAGGUUUCCAGUUGGGAGAGUGUUUAAGGAAAGAAUUUCCAAAAGUUCACUUUGCCUGAAUGAAACGCAGCAGUGGAUGGCUCUGGAAGCUUAUGCACAAUGGAGAUGUUCGCCUGUCAGUGCUUUGCUUGGAUACUUUUGAAAGGAACCAUAUGUCUGUUGGUUCUUGGACCACACCAGACAGACAGCAACUUUACCUUCACCAAGAAAGCACCGCCUCAUGCCCGCAGAGCCCACGAGGUUUCUUCACAGCAGAAGAACUCUGUGUUUCAGUCCAGGAGUCUAACUCAGCACACCAAGCUGCCCCGUAACCCCUUCAUCCCUCUUUCAAAGCAGGGAUUUUGGGAAAUACUUGGAGGAAACUCGCAGCCGCACUCCAACCCAUCAUUAAAGAUAAAGCUUCAGCCCAUCAUGAAAGUUCAUGGAACAUCUAAAUGGUCCGGGACCUUCAUCUGGGGGGACUUUUAUUCAAAUAUAAAGACAGUCAAACUGAAUUUGCUGAUAUUGGGGAAGAUUGUGGAUCAUGGGAACGGGUCUCUCGGCGUCUUCUUCCGCCACAACUCCACGGGGGUAGGCAACGUGUCCGUCAGCCUCGUGCCACCGACAAAAGAGGUGGAGUUCGACUUGGAGCGCCAAAGCGUGAUCCACCCCAAGGAUUCAAAGACGUUCAACUGCAGAGUGGACUCCGAGAAAACCGAACGCAACAAGAAGGUGAUGCUGUGCAACUACGACCCAUCAAAGACAUGUGAUCAGGAGCACACCCAGAGCCACGUCACCUGGAUGUGCUCCAGACCUUUCCAGGUCAUCUGCAUCUACGUGUCUUUCUACAGCACAGACUACAGACUGGUUCAGAAAGUCUGCCCGGACUAUAGCCUGCAGAGUCCAGCCUACCUGCCUGCAGGUUAAAGGACACUGGAGAGUGAUGUCUCAGCAAGCCUCUAUAGAGAAAUCCAGUUAGUGCAGCUAUGAGCCAGUCUGAUGGAUCAUUUUGGAGGUUCUUGAAGAGAUUCGGUUAAAAAGUGUUUUUAAGUUCACUUUAGUUUCUAUGUUUUUAGUGCAAAAAAUGUGCCUGCUUUAAGAUUAAAUUGUUUUAGAUCAUGUAACAAAAAAAAGGUUAGGGUGCAACUAAAAGUGAGUGAUUUACCUGGCAAUUGCUUUCUUAAUUAUUCCUUUGAAUAUAUGGUUUUAUGAAACCACAGGGUUAUGAAAAUACUCACA